AAAAAAAAAAAAAAAAAAAAAAAAAACAAGAAAAAUCAUCGUAGGGAGGAGGUACAUACACCGCAGUUUAGUGAAAACCGGGAUAAUUCCGUGGAAAACAUGAUCAACCGGUUUUUCGUGGUCCGAGGAAGCGUUGGCCGUCUCUUGGUGUCGAGCAACGAUCGACAACGGCUACCGAUUUUCCGAGCCUCCCGGAGGCCUCUGUCCCAGUACUACCCGAUCGACGAGAACGUCUUCGGCCUGUCCGAGCAACAAAAAGAGCUGAGAAAUUUGGUAUUCAACUUCGCGCAGAAAGAGCUCGCCCCCAAGGCCGCCGAGAUCGACAAGAAGAACAACUUUGAUGAAAUGAGAGCGUUUUGGCGCGAACUCGGCAAACUCGGGCUCCUGGGCAUAACAGCCAAAGCGGAGUACGGCGGCAGCGACGGCGGCUACCUCGACCACGUACUCAUCCAAGAGGAGCUGAGCCGAGCCAGCGCCGCCGUGGGCAUAAGCUACGGCGCCCACUCGAACCUCUGCGUCAACCAGAUCCACCGCAACGGAAGCGAAGAGCAGAAGCACAAGUACCUCCCCAAGCUGUGCAGCGGGGAGCACGUGGGCGCUCUGGCCAUGUCGGAGCCCGGCGCCGGCUCCGACGUGGUGUCCAUGAAGCUGCGGGCCGAGAAACAAGGCGACCACUACAUCCUCAAUGGCAACAAGUUUUGGAUAACAAAUGGACCCGACGCCGACGUGUUCGUCGUUUACGCGAGGACUGAUCCCGGCGCCCAGAAGAAGCAGCACGGCAUCACCGCGUUUAUCGUCGAGCGGGGCUUUGAAGGUUUCUCCACCGGCCCGAAACUCGACAAGCUCGGCGUCAGGGGCUCCAACACCUGCGAGCUCGUUUUCCAGGACUGCAGGGUGCCCGCGGCCAACGUGCUCGGGGAGGUGAACAAGGGUGUUUACGUGCUCCUCAGUGGCUUGGACCUGGAGAGGCUAAUCCUGGCAGCCGGACCGCUCGGAAUCAUGCAGGCCUGCUGCGACGUCGCCUUCGAGUACGCCCACACUAGGAGGCAGUUCGAUCGGAAGAUAGCCGAGUUCCAGCUCAUACAGGGAAAAAUGGCGGAUAUGCACACGGCAUUGUGCACCAGUCGGAGUUACCUGUACGCGGUGGCGCGAGCUUGCGACGUGGGCCACGUCAAUCGGAAAAAUUGCGCCUCCGUUAUUCUGUACUGCGGCGAGAACGCGACCAAAUUGGCGCUCGAAGCAAUACAAAUACUCGGCGGAAAUGGGUACAUCAACGAUUAUCCAACCGGUCGGCUGUUGAGGGAUGCCAAACUGUACGAAAUUGGCGCUGGCACCAGUGAAAUUCGACGAAUGGUCAUCAGCCGUGCCAUUUCCGAGGAGUACUCGUGAACAAAAAAACGUUGAUUUUGAUGUGGGCUUGCACUGCUCGUUGCACUGUACAUAAUAUACGGUUGUGCUGUAAUUUCAGGUUUUGUGAGGAAAUAACGACUUUUUACGUUCCAACUUCUGUUAUUAUACAAGCUUUUUGAGUGUGUUGCGAUUCUCCGAUCGAGGAAAGAUUAAAGCUUUCCGUCUUUUUUUCUGUUCUUGUAAUUAUAAGUGUGUUUUCGAGGGAACUCGGGCUCAAAACACGUUGAAGCGCAAACUUACCUUUUUAAUGGGUCAUUGGCGCUGGUAAAAACUUGCUGCUCCCAUC